AUGGAUCACAAUCGCCUGAUUCAAUGCCAGGGCGAUAAUCUCGCUUAUAUCAAGCACUUAGAAUUACGCAUUAUCGAGCUUGAGAGUGCCUGCUCGUCCCGUUAUCCCGAGUCCCCGGGAAGUCAGCAGCAGAUAAGUGGACAGUGCAGACCUUGCGAGGUCUGCCGGAACCUCGAUCAUUACGCACAAGAUGUCGGUGCUUCCCAAGAAAUAUCUUCUGAUAGUAUACGACUGGCCUCUGAAAGUUGUCACGACAAUCAAUCAAGUCAACACAACAACAGAGCCCCAGGGAGUACAUUCGCCUUCAUCCCAUACGAGCCAUCAGUGACAACGGAAUCCCCAGUCACAACAGACUCUUCCACGCUCACCCAUUCCGCAAAACAGCAAUGGAGUCGUUUGGUUUCGUUCACAUCCUCACUUAAUGAUCUACCCAGAACUUCUCAUUGGAAAAAGUGGACCUCCACCAGUGAAGGUCAACGAAAGAAUAUAGUUCUUAGCUUGGUAUCCGGUUUAGCCUUCCCGAAUGACGAUAACCCGAUAGCACCCGAGCUGCCUGCCCCUAUAUCCAUCCUGCUGGAAUACAGCAAAUCCAUGGAGCCGGCAGAACCGAAGUGCGCCUCGGCGAAAUCAGCAAAAAACCGUCCAUUUGCAUGCUUCCAAGAGCUUAUCUUCUGUUCAAUGUGUGCGGUCGCCUUAGAGGUCACUCCGAAGAAAAUUGUCUUUGAAGCCAUGCAGUCUGUUUUCCAGUCUGACGCCGAAUCUAAGUCUCUUAGGACACGGAUCCAUGGUGCGAAAUGGGCAAACCGAGCCAUUUACCUUUUAUCACGCACUGAAUGGGGCUCUCGUAGCUGGGACCUUAUCUAUGCCGCCAAUAAUCAAGUCAACUUUUAUCGACAGUUCAACGACUACUCCAUUACACCCGAUGACUUGAUAACGAGGCUGAAGAUAGAGUUCAAUCCAGAGGAUACUCAAACUAUAUCAGUACCCCUCGCUAUCCCUUCAAUCAUACGAACAAUUUUUAGAGAUCUAGUACCGCUCGAAAAGAUUUGCGAAUGCCUAGGAUAUGAGCUUCGUGAUUAUAAUAAACUUGACCUUUCUGGUCUUGAAAGACUUCUUGUCGUGUCAGCCAACACCGAGCCAAACGACGCCGAUCCAACGAACACCGAGCCAAACGACGCCGAGCCGAACGACGCCGAGCCAAACGACGCCGAGCCAAACGACGCCGAGCCAAACGACGCCGAUCCAACGAACACCGAGCCAAACGACGCCGAGCCGAACGACGCCGAGCCAAACGACGCCGAGCCAAACGACGCCGAGCCAAACGACGCCGGGCCAAACAAGAAACGGAAAAACGGGCCACUCAAAACUUCGUCGAAAAGGCGCUGUCGGGAUGUAUCAUCUGGCUCACCAGAAGGUAGGAUGCCAUCGAAAAACUUACUUUUUUUCGGGACUGAUCUUUAUAGGUCAUUAUUUUGA